AUGAUCUGGCCAGCUAUCGGCCUAUUAUUAGCACUUCAAGUGCAUGUUCACGCACAACGACCGGUCGGUAAGUUGAAGCUUUUGUUUUGGACUGUUUUGCUUGAUUUUAGUUGAGGUUAAUGAAAAAAAUGAUAGUUUGCGAGCAUUAUGUUAUGUUAGAUACCUAAAAUAAUAUUCGGUUUUGAUGCAAUGGUUUUGGGUAAGAUGGAUAAAGAAAAGUUAGUAUUAAGAUAAUAAAGCAUUUUUUAUAAAAUGGUAUUUAAAACUACGGUUUAAACGUGUAAAAUACGGUUUUUUCUGGAAGGACGUAAUAUUUAGAUAACAAAGUUGAAAAGUUGGUAUUUUAGCUAAAAAUUUUUGAGAAAAAGCAACAAUUUCUCACCUAAUAUAAACCUGAAGUAACAUUAUUUAAACUAAUAAACCCAGCUUUCACUUUACUAUUAAGCUAUUUUGUCAAUAGUUUUGCUUUGAUCUCUAUUUUCUUGAUAUUAUUCAUGAAGACCUAAGGUUGCCAUCGUUAUUUCUUGUCGUAUUGUGUCAAAUAUAGUCUUAAAAUGAAGGUAAUGAACAGACUUUGGUUCAAAAAAGGUGGUUUGGAUCAAAAACAUGAAGAAGGUAUUGAAAAUUGACUUGGUUUCUCACCUUCUCCUCGGUUUUUAAGAGAUUUUGAGGUUUUACGUUGAAAAGGUUGAAAUUAAUGCUGAUUUAGAUAGCAAUCUGUUCGGAAAUUUUGGUUUUAAGGAUUGUGGAGGCUUUUUGAGAAGUUGAAUUUUAUGUAAAAUACGUAAUUCAUUGCGCUGGAAUGAUCAAAUGAUGUUGACUGUGUCGCUUUUUCGCAAAUUUUGAUGUUUUUCUAACAAAACCUUGAAGGAUUCUAAUGGUAAUGAAGUAGAAUAGAAUUAAAUUUAAGUUUAAAACAUUGCUUGUGGUCUUUCGAAGCUGUUUGAUAUAGAAAUUUUUACGAUGCAGGCUUAUAAAUAUAUAAAAUGUCAGCUGAAAGGCAUCUUAUACUUGAUUUUUGGCUUAUUUUUAAUGUUUUUGACCAUAAAAUUGAGGAAAAUGUAUGAUUAAAGGAUAUAAUGAACUGUUUGUAAGGUAUACAAUAUUGCUUGAUGUUUUUUGAUGUGGUAUUUGUUAAAAUGCGGAAUAUCAGUUCGGUGUAAGAUAAUGAAGUAUCAAAGUCUUAUACUUUGUUUUUCAAAAAUUUUGAUGUUUUUGGUAAAAACUUGGCUGUUAAUAAUGUUUAAUGGCCUGGAUAACAUAAUUAUGGACUUUUAAAGCAUUCCAUGUUAUUUUCUAAUAUUGGUUAUUAGGUAAAAUACGAGGUCUUCAUCUUUUAUAGAUAAAUACAAUGAGAAAUGGCAUGCGUUUCUUGAACAUUUUGAUGUUUUUGAUGAAAACUUGGCUAGUAAUGAUGUUUUAUAGCCUGUGUAACAUAGUUAUUGGUUUUUAAAGGGUUUUUUGGUAUCUUCUAAUAUUUUUUGUUAGGUAAAAUACGAUAAAUGCAACUGUUAAGAGAAAAGUAUAAUGAAAAAGGGCAUUGGCUACCUCAAUAUUUUUUCAAAAAUCAACGAUAUUUUGUGAUCAAUAACCUAUUAGGUUGUUCAAAUAAUUCUGUGCUCCCUAACCCAAAUUUGCUUUGAAAGGGGGCAUAGAAUUAUUUGAAAAACAAAAUAUUAUUGAUUUUUUAAAAUUCUUUAAUUUACCCCUAAAAGCAUCAAAUUACAGUACAGCAAAGAAUUAUCGAAAAAUCCGCGCGAAUUAUCUGCUUUAAUGGUAUGUUAUCCUUUUAGCGCAUCUGUUGCUCUUCGCGCACGACAGAAUGUCCAGCUGAGCCUUGUUUCGUUUAUGUUUCUAAAAACAAUUGGCUAAAUCGAAUUAUGCAUUAAACGGCCAUUCACGAAAGUUGGCCACGAAAUUCGAGAAUAAUGGCCUUGAAGCAGGCGAUUUGAAAUGGCAUAAAUUAGGGAAAUGAUUAACGUUAUGGCGUUUAUAACGGCAAAGAAUUGAGAACUUUAUAAAGAAAUGGCAAGAAUUUUUUUUGCAAAACUUGAAAUGGCAGGAACAUUCUUUACAAAUCAAAAAAGCGCAAGAACUUUCUUUACAAAAAAAAAUGACAAGAACAUUCUUUACAAAACAUGAAAUGGCAAAAACUUUCUUUACAAAACGAAAGAUGGCAAGAACUUUCUUUACAAAGCAAAACAUGGCAAGAACUUUCUUUAUCGAACAAAAAGUCACAUUUAUUGUAUAACAUGUCACCUGCAGGCUGCGAAAGGCAAAUUUUUGCUUAUUUUUGUAAACAAAUAGUGGAACGUCCUUUGUAUUGCAAGAACUUUCUUUACAAAAUAAAAAACCGCUAUAAAUUCCUUUACAAGGCGUAAAAUGGCAAGAACUUUCUUUACGGAACAUAAAAUGGCAAGAACUUUUUUUACAGUACAAAAAAUGGCAAGUAUUUCCUAUAGAAAAUUUAAAACGGCAAGAACUUGAUUACAAGAAAUAUAUGUCAAUUUUUUAAGAAACUUUUUUUAUAAUUUUUUUUUUCUAUGAAUGUAAAAUACGUUGUUGGCAUUCAACUUGCUUUCUUUGAAUUAAAAAAAUUAUUUUUCGUUUUAAAAUCGCAAUGUUGUCGAAAUUAAAUCGACCGGUAAAACAUACGAACAAAUGAAUUAUUGAAGCGCGUAAUUGGGGGGGGGGGGAGAUUUGGGUAAAACAAACAGAGUUUAAGGAUCCGUCCAUUUAUCCUCGUCUUAAGAGCCUCUAAUUCGCUUUGUUUUCCCAUACAAGGUCACACGGCAUUCACAAUAUGAAAAAAUAUGAAAAUUUGGAAAAAGUUUGAAAUGAUAGUAAAAUAAGUUACAGUAACUUGGGUUUAAUAAGCCACAAUAACUUGCUUUUUACAGUGGGAAACAAGCAGAAUCUCUAAAAUACAAAAAAACUAAAUAAAGACAAAAAAUUAUAUUAUACAUGCUUUCAGAGCCCAGAAGAACAUGUUUGGAGCACUUCUUGAGCGGCGAGACCGGCGUCAAAGUUUUGCCACUAUCACCAGAUCAACAAACUUCAUAUAACGUGGAGUGCGAGAUGCCAAACGAUCCGGAAAAGCUGUUACCGGUCGGAGUUUCAAUCAGAAAUGCCUUGGAACGAUGGACCAAAUUGGAUUCGGAGCCAAAAACUAUCGGAUAUCAGUAGGUUUUUUUUUAAAUUAAGGCUCCAGUGGUCAGCUUAUGUUUCGAAACGAAAGAUUUAACUGGCGAAGGCCGGCAAAUUGGUCCCACCCUCUUUACAGGUCUAUUUGUGUCAUUAAAUAGAUCAUCGGCACGCGAUCACAAUAUAAUAAUAAAUCGGAUCAUAUUCAAAAUUUUUAUUGGGAUUUGGCUUUUGCUGCGAAGCCGCAACACAAACAUGAAAGAGAUCUUUUAGAGACACAAAUAAGCGUGCGAGGAUUAGAUUUACAAACAAAAGUGCUAAGUAUUUGCAAAUAUUUUGAGUAUUAAAGUACUUCAAGCAGUGUUAUAGUACUUGAAGCAAGAUGGGAAAGAACUUUCUUUACAAAAAUGGAUUUUUUGACUGAAACAGCAACAACUUUCUUUACACAGUAGGAAAGCGCAAGAACUUCCUUUGUAAAACAUAAAAUGGCAAGAACUUUCUUUACGGAACGAAAAAUGGCAAGAACUUUCUUUACAAAUUUUAAAAUGGCAAGAACUUUUCUUACAAAACAGGAAAUGUCAAGAACUUUCUUUAAAAAAUAAAAAUUGACAAGAAAUUUACAAAAUAAAAUACGGCAGUAACUUUGUUUACAAAAUAAAAUACGGCAAUAAAUUUGUUUACAGAACAAAAAAUGACAAAAAAUUAAAUUCAAAUUGAUUUCAACUAUAAUAUGGUCACUUUACAGAGUGUCAAGUUGGGCAUUCCUUCGCUGGUUAAUGGAAGAAUCAGACUUUUGUUAUCAAGAAUUCUCUGUCAGCUGGAUUCCAGAUGUUGGAAUGGAUAGAAUGUGAGUAAAACUAUUUUUCUAUUAUGAAAGUAAAAUACGGUUUUCAGUUCAAUUAAUUUUAAAAUUGAAAAAUACUGAUAUUCAUUGAGAUUUUUCGUUUUUAACAAUAUAAAUACAAUAUUUGGUCUUUUUUAGAUUUGAAUUCACAGUGGAAUCGAUCAAAGGAACGAGAAGAACGUUUCAUUUCAACUCCAGCAAACCAAGUAAGUUUAUCACAAUAGAACUUCUGCAUAACAAAGUCUAACGGAAUUUUUUUCUAACUUUAAAAUGUUUGACAGAUUUCUAAUACAGGGUUUUCAGUUUAUAUUAGAGAACUCCUGUACGUCGAAUCGCUCGGGGAUUUCACAUUUUGUUUUUUAAAAAAUUUUUGGUUGUCUCUUAACCUAAAAAUGUCUUUUAGUCUUAUUUUACUUUCUUGAACUUUUGAAUUUUUAAAUUUUUAAAAAGCAGUGAAAUUUUUUUAAAUUUGUACAUUUUUAUCCUCAAAAACACUUUUUCCAACUAUAUUUUACCUGUAUUAAUCCACCAAUCAGCCCCAAAAGAAAAGGGUUCGAAAAGGAAAGAGAGAGAGUUGUGUACGCCCAUAGCCCGUUGAACGCACGCCAUCCCGUCCGAUCUGGCAAGUGAAGCAACGGUGCGCUUGAUUAGUACUUGGAUCGGAGACGUCCUUGGAAUCUCAAGUGGCGUACGCAUUUUUGCCAUGUUAUGUUACUUUUUGGUACUAUUUUGGGUUUGGGUGUAGGAGAGGGUGGUUUUAUAUUGUUUUAGGGGUGUUUUUGAGCAGAAAUCAUGGUAUUUAGGCUUAAAUUUUGAGUUUUCAAAAGUUUUUGUUAGUUUUUUGAGGAAAAAAUAAACUAUAAUAACCUUAUUUUCAGCCGUCGAAGAAAUAAAGAUAUUGGAAAAUGAAGACGCAGGAAUUCUACACAUUUUCCCACCAACAAACGUGGGUAAUAUGUCGAUUCAAGUGAAGACCACCCCCUUGAGAUGUCGUCAGAACAUACUCAAAGAUCCGAAAUGCCUUUUCGAGUUGAACUCACCAUCAGAUCGGAUUGGAAUCGACAUUUCUGGACGAAAUAGUAUCAGUUUUGCGUUCAGGACUGAUGUUCCAUCAACACCAUUCUUGACUAUCAAAGGAACGGACGGUCCUGUCAGGGUGGACAUUCUUGAAGGUAGGGGGAGGGUUUUUGAGUCUUUGAAAGGGGGAGAUGCAAAAUGGUUGAAAAUUUGAAUAAUAUUGGAAGUUAGGUUAUUUUUGACGGUUCUGUGGUUUUUUUAAAUUUUUUGGCUGAUAAGGAGACAAGUUAAACGAUGAAACAUGUUUUUUGUAUAACACACCUCCUGUCAUUUUUAAAGUAUACAAGACGUUUUUUAUAUAAACUUUCUUUUAAAAAUGGCUAAAGACAUGUUAUACGGUGAAACAUGUUUCAUCUUAUAACAUGUCAUUUUUUGGAAAUAUCUGUAUAAAAAUGUAAGCUAUUGAUAAAGGCUGCCUUUUUCACUUUAUUUGUAAAAUUUUGGAAUUUGAUAAUUUUACAAAAAGUUGUGACGUUUUUAAAAUUUCAGGCUACCUAAUCUCAGUGAAUCAAUUCGUCUCCCCAAUGAAGCUCUUGGGCGAUGGAAGAUGGCACACCGCCUUCAUCGACAUUCCAAACAUGUACCUCUACAUUGAUGGCCGUCAGAACACUGGCAUCUCGCUGUCAAGCCGCGGCCGAACCCACAAACUCGAGAAAUUCGAUAUUGUCAUCAAUGGCCUGGUGACAGCCGUCACCCUGAACUCUGGCAGUUGGGAAUGUGGAGGAUCAUUGAAGCUGCAAGUCUCCAAUACUCAGCACAUUCUGCGAAAGAUUUGUCCCAAAAGCGAAGCCAGCUUCUGCGAAUGCAAAGCUCCGAACUCGGCUCUAAUACCCGCUGGCAAUCACUCCGUGGCCAAGUGCACUAUCCCAGACCCAAAUCUGGCCUACACGCUGAAUAGAAACUCAACUCAUCUCGCUUUCUUCUAUUAUCCUGAGUUUCGGGGCAAACAGACCGUUUCUGUGGUGUUUAAGAGUGAUUCGGUAAGUAGGGGGACAUGUUAUACGAUGAAACGUGUUUUUAGUGAUAAUUUUAAAAUUUGAUUUUUGGGAUGAUGGUAUUGUAUUAAAACUGUUUAAUCUGUUAUUUUUACAUGUAGUUUAGGUUUUUAUUGUAAAAUACGACGAAAAAAUUGAUUGGAGACGUGUUAUACGAUGAAAUGUGUUUUUGGAGAUAUUUUUAAAUCGACAAUUCAUUUGAAAAUGAUAUGUUAGAUGGUAGUAAAUCAGUAUAUUGAGCAUUUUUACAUGAAUUUUAGGUUUUUUAUUGUAAAACGCUGUCACGAAGUCGUUGGGGACAUGUUAUACGACGAAACGUGUUUUUGGUGAUAACUUUGAAAUUUUGUUUUAUCAUAUUUCAAAAGAUGGUAGUAAAAUAAAAUCAGUAAAUAAGGCACCUCUAUAUAACAAAACCCCCGUAUAACGAACAACUUUUGAAUGCCCGGCUAUCAUUACACAGUGCAUUUUAAACCUCUCUAUAACAAAAGCUCUUUAUAACGAACGAAUUUUGAUUCCCCUAGCGAUUCGUUAUACAGUGGAACUCCUUGUUCGUUAUAAAGGAGUUUUGUUAUACAGGGGUUUUAAAUGCACUUUGUAGUGGUAGACGGGGAUUCAAAAGUUGUUCGUUAUACGGGAGUAUCGUUAUAGAGGAGUUCGUUAUACAGAAUUUCUUCUGUAUAGAGAAUUUUUUAUCUAAAAUUUUUUAAAAUUUUUUAAAAAAAGUUCGUCGUACAAACGUUCUACGGAUUUUUACUAUUUUUAAUUAAAUACUGAAAUUUCAGGAAGUAGGACUAGUCCUACUAGGCCAACACAAGGACACCGGCUCAGCCAAACAACGCUUCCAAGUCCACUACGAACGUGACACGAUGACCGCCGUCUCCUGUCUAAUCGAACAGAACGAGCAAGCGGUGUGCCGUGCCUGCUCCCUGAAACGACCAAAAGGCUUUGGUCGAAACGAAUGGACCCGGGUAUCACUUUUCUACAGCCACAAAAGCUUCCAGUUCUUGACUGUCGACGAACAAAUAUGCAAAUUAUCACCGAAUGAUAAAGAAAGAGGCCUCAAUGACAUUUACCACAUCCACAACCUCGUAUUAGACGUCCUAUUCGUGGGUGGAGCCUUCUACAAGAAGGCCGCGAAUCAGCUGAGUGUGAAGCCAGACUUUAAGAACAACUUCUUCGAGAACACGUUGGAGAAACCACCUUCAAUUCGAGGUUGUAUCGCUGAGAUCAGGGUCGGAGGUGAGGUGCUGGAUCUGGAGAGGAUGUUGAGGACUCAAAACCAGAUUAUUCUUGCUGAUACGGAGCGACCGGUCUUCAGCAUUGAGGUAAAAUGGGAUUCUUUGAGUUAUUCUUUGGAAAAAAUAUUGAUUUUCUAGGGAUUUUAAAGAAAAAUACAGCUUAAAAGGCAUUUUUAAUGGAUUUUUAAUGAAAAAACGAUGUUUCAGUAGACUUCUAAAAAAUGUGUCAUCAUGACAUGGUUAGAAUAAGCAUUAUAUGAAUAGAAAACAAGAUUUUACUGUUUGUCUGUAAUUAAAAAUUACGGAUUUUAACUUUUGAAAAAUUUUUAAAAAAUGUGUCAUCAUGACUUGUUUUAAAAAAGCAUCGUAUGACGAGAAAAAACAUUUUACUGUUUUGCUACAGUCAUAGAUUAAGGAUUUAAAUUUUGGAAAAUUUGUAAGAAAUGUGUCAUCGUGACAUGGUUUAAAGUUCGUCACUAUGACAUGAAUAAAAGUUAUUCUACGGCUAAAAAAUAAAGUUUUAUUAAAUUUUAGGGCUUAAAAAUUACGAUUAAAAUUUUGAGGUUUAUGAAAAAUAUGUCAUCUUUUCAAAAAAUAAUGCGUCAUGAUGACAAGAUUAAAAUGUCAUAAUAUGACGAAAAAAUAAUGUUUUAUCAGACAUUAGGUCUUAAAAAUUGCGAUUAAAAAUCUUUUUUUGGAAUUUAUAAAAAAUGUUUCAUCUUUUGAAAAAAUAUGUCAUCUUUUUUAAAAUGUGUCAUGAUGACAAUUUUUUUAGCUGUCUUUGACAAUUUUUUGGUUUAUUUGAUAUUUUUUUUUUAAUUUCAAUUAUAAAUGACUAAAUUUUCUCAAAAUUUUAGCCCGGCUGCUUGGACUGCACCCAACUCCUGGACCUGUGCAAGGGCGCACCCUGCCGCGCUCUCUCACCGUUCCAUUCGAAAACUCCGAUCUGUGAUUGUGCCAAAGACUUUUCGGUUCGAUCAGUGCUAGACGGGUCUUGUCAAGGCCAAGAGAUGGACGUCUACAAGCCAGCCGCGCUGAAGUUGACGGAUUCUGAUGAAGUGAUCAUCAGACAACCGUUGGGAUUCAUUAAGAGAAGUGUCGUGGACAAGAUAUGGACUUUGUUGAGGUUCCCGGAGACUGAAAGUGAUCUAGUGCCUAUCAUUAACUUUGGGGAGUGAGUUUGUUUGAUAUCGAGUGGUAUUUUGGGGAGUUUUGGUCGAUUUUAGGGAGUUUUGAUGAGAAAAGGGACAUGUUAUACGAUGAAAGGUGUUUUAUAAAAAGUAUUUUUUUAUUUUUUUUGAAGAUAUAGGUUUAAUAUGAGAUAUUGAUACUGCUUUUAUCGUAUUUCUUGCAAUUUUAAAUCAACUUUUUGAGUUUUAACGAAAAACUGACUUUUUAUACGAUGAAAGGUGUUUUCAGUAGAAUAUGACUUUUUUUUUCAUUGACUGAAUUGAAAAUGGAAUUUUUUUACGAUAAGUGACCUUUUUAACAUUUUGAAUCACAGAUUUUGCCUUUUAUGUUUAGGGUAUACGAAGAAACAUGUUUCAUGUCACCUUUAUAAAAUAUUUGGAACUGAUAGUGUUUUGGAAAGAUAUUAAGAUUCUAUGACAUUAUUUAUGCGGUAGAUUUUAUAUUUUUGCAUUUUUGUGAUUUCGAGGACAUUUUUUACGAAAAAACAUGUUUUAUCAGGAAACGUUUCAUCGUAUAACAUGUCACCUUUGUUUAAAAUUUUAAAAAUGUCUAAAGAUGGGUUUGAAAUGAAAAGAUUUUUACUUUCAUUUUUUUUAAUUUAAUUUUUUUUUUAAAUUUAAAAGUUACAGUAUCCAAAUCCUGGUGGCCGAUUACGGUACGCGUGCAGUCGUCGAUAUUGGUGGAUAUCGAGAAGAAUUCACAGUCAAACACCGCGACGAACGUCUUCAUUUGAUCAGCAUCGAGAGGAACCCAACUCUGUCAGCAUCGAGUGUCGGCCGCACACUGACAGUUCGAAUCGAUGGUGAUAAGCGGGAGGUCCGGAUGAAAGAUAUACCAAUUCAUGCUGGCAGUGUACUCGAAAUCUCACCUGUACACUCGAAAGAUCAAGGCUUCUCCGGGUGUAUUAGCGGUGAGUUUUGAAUUUGUGUUUUUAAGAAUUUCAUUAUUGUUUUCAUAAUGACAGCUUUUUUGGAAAGAUGACAAUUUUUUUGGGAAAUAUUUGAUUUGAGUUUUUUCGACUUUGAAACAUGUAACGGUUAACAUUUUAUGUCUAUUUUGAAGUGUUUAAACUCUGUCAUUAUGACAUAUAUUUUGAAAGUUAUUAUGACAUGUUUUUUCGAAAUUUUCUUACAAUUUUUGUCAGAGGGCUUUGAUUAAUGAAAAACGAUUUUAUGACUUUUUUGAAGCUUUAAAGUAUAGUCAUCAUGACACGUUUUUUGGAAAGAUGACACAUUUUUCUUACAAUUGUAAAAAAAAACUUUUGUGUAUAGCCUUUAUAAACUAAAAGUUGAUAAAAUGAUUUUUUCGGCAGUUUUAAUAUACUUUUUUAAUUAUGUCAUCAUGACACAUUUUUGGAAGGAUGACAUGUUUUUUUCAAAAUUUUUUAAAAGUUUUUGCCAGAGGGAUUUGAUUUAUAAAAACUAUAUUUUGACGAUUUUAUGACGGUUUUGAAGUUUUAAAUUAUUGUCAUCAUGACAAAUUUUUUGGAAUUUUUAAAAAUUUUUAUUUUUUUCGAAAAAUGUGAUUAAAAAUGCUGGAAAAUGACCUAAUAAUUAAAAAAAUAAAAAAUGGUACUAAAAUUGAAUUUUCAGGGCUGUCAAUCGCAUUUGCAUACGACGAAGACACGAUCUUUGCCACCAAGCUUGAUGUACAUCAAGAGAACCAGCACGAACUUCUCUCCAACAUCAUCUACAAGCCCACAAUGCCACCAAACGUGACCAAACUUCUCAUGUUCGGCGACACAUGCGGUAUCAGAGACCCAACUCUAUGGAACGACAACAGCACCACUCUGGGACUGGUUGGAGUCUACGAUCCGGAUGGUACCUCACAUGUCUUCAACUCGGAACGAACGCCACUAAUCAGCCUGAUUGUGACAAUAUUAUUGAUACUGGUGGUCGUGUUUUUGAUUCUGGGAUGGUGCUACAAACGAGGAAGACGACAUGUUUACAAAACUACUAUAACAAGCGGUUAUACACCUGGUAAGGGCUAUUAUAAUAAAUUUUUGAAGUGUUUUGAAAGUUUAUUUAUUUUUUGGUAGAUUUUUUUUUAAAUUGUGGUUUUAAACAAAAAAAGAGAGUUUGCAGCUUGCGCGGACCAAGUUAUACGAUGAAACGUGUUUUUCUUUUUUAGUUUUUUUAUUUCUUGAUGAACUGUUUAUGACUCUUAUGGUUUAGAAGUGAUAAGGAUGUCAUUAUAAUAUGAGAUGUUUAAAAAAUAAUGGCAUUUUAAGCAAAAAAGAGCGUUUGCUGCUUGCGCUUACUAACUUAUACGAUGAAAUGUGCCCUUUAAGUUAGUUGGAGUUUUUUUUUAAAUAUAAGUUCUGUAAUUGAUAAAAAAGAACACUGUUAAAAACGUUUUAGGAAAAUUGCGUUAUUUUGAGAAAAAACGAGCGAUUGCAGCCUGCGCGGAGCAAGUUAUACGAUGAGACAUGUCUUUAAGCUUUUUACGUGACUGUUUAUGAUGUUGAUGGUUUAGAAGUGAUAAGGAUGAAAUUAUAAUAUAACAUAUUUAAAAAGUAAAGGAAUUUAAGCUAAAAACAGCGUUUGUAGCCUGCGGAAGACAUGUUAUACGACAAAACAUGUUUUUUGAAUUUUCGUUUUUUACAAUUAAUGAUUAUUUAUGUUAUAGCUGAUGAAAAGCUUCUGAUGAAUGGCGAUAAUUACACAGAUGGCACUUCCAACGGUUCUCCACCACCAAAAAUUCGACCAGACUUUGGAGAUUUGUCACCAAAUUCACCGCCAAGACCAGUUAUCAUUCCAGGACGACCUGUGAUUUUGGAAGAAAAGGUAACAUUUUGUUUUUGAUGUCUUUUACGUUAAUGUAAAGUUUAAAUUUUGUCAUUUUGUUGCCUAAAAGUUUAGAAAAAGGUCAUUUUUAACGAUUUUUAGCUAAUUUUUGGCCGUUUUUCAGUCAAAAAUGCCAUUUUUAAUUGACAAAAGCUAAUUUUAGACGCCAGAGUACCCGUCAAACAGAGCCACAAGACCAGUAGCAGUACGUCGGAUCCCGCCUUCAGAAUCUCCAAGUCCACCAUCGUCGACCAAGGCUCCAAUUGUUCGGACUGACGAUGUUUAG